CAAACGCAUGCGAAUGCAUUUACCUUUUAACCAACACAGUUCACGUUACGAAGGCACACAGAGAAUCUUAUAAACAUUUAGCAAGACUCACAAGCAGUAAACCAGUGUUCAAGAAGGACACGGGCCUUGCACGCAUCUUCACUCCGUCACUGAAAUACGCCACAUCAACAGCAUGGCGUACCGCAUCGAGAUUGCGUCCGGCGGUCGCGCUGGUUGCCAAGCCACGAAAUGCAAGAAGGAAGGUGUCAAGAUCAACAAGGGCGAAAUUCGGCAAGGCGUUUUCGUUACGAUCAAUGAGCACCAAAGCUGGAAGUGGAGGCACUGGGGCUGUGUCACGCCGGAAGUGAUCCACAACUGGAAGGACACCUCCGAUGGCGACAUGGACCGCGUCGACGGCUUUGAGGAGCUGCCUGACGAUGUCAAGGACAAGGUCCGUCGUGCGUUCGAGCAGGGUCAUGUCGAUGACGAUGACUGGAAUGGCGACGCCGAAUGCAAUCGCUAUACUGGGGGCAAGCGUAGGGGCAUGUACGUCAAAACGCCAAAGAAGAAGAAGGGAGACGAUGAGGAUGAGGCAGACGACACGCCUUCGAAGGCAAAGGCAAGCAAGAAGCGCGGCCGCAAAGAGGCCGACGACGAGGAUCUUGAGGACGAAGAGCCUGCGCCGAAGAAACAGGCUGCCAAAAAGGCCGCUAAGAAGAUUGCUACCAAGGACGAAGACGGCGACGCAGAUGCCGCUCCGCCGACCAAGAAGUCAAGGAAGUCCAAGGCUGCCCGCAGCGACGCUACUCUCGAAGUUGACGAGCCGGAGCCGGUCGUCAAGAAGCCUCGCGGUAGAAAGCCAAAGGCUGCUGCGGAACGCGAAGACGAGGACGGGGCCGCUCCGGUUGCGAAACCGACAGUCGCAAAGUCCAAGGCCAAGAAGAGUGCGAAGGGUGCUGAUGCUAGCGUUGACCUUGCAGACCCUGAUAAGGAGCCGCCGAAAGCGAAGAAGGGCACAGGGCGUCCCAAAAAGGCCACAGCCAACGACGACGAAUAGCACAUUCCUUCUGGACGUCACGGUAAUCGGGAGGAAAGGAGAUGGUGGGCGUAAUGCUGCUUCGACUUUCUGGGCCCGGACCAUUUCGCACCUGAGGGCAUACGACCUGCACUACAUUUCAUAUUGGAAUAUGAUACCCGGUAAUGGGCGCCUUGCUGUUCACUAUGUAUAUUAGCUAUGUACAGUAAGCUUCUACGUUCACGCGACCAUGUGACACGUUACGCUUUCCAGGCCCCGUGCCACUGUCAAGAGUCAGUGCUCCGAAG